AUGGCUUCGGAUGGCGUUGCCGCCAACGGCACGCCCCAGCCACACUAUGCUGCUGAAUACCUGCAAGAAAGAAUCUCAGCGCAGCCCGAAAACCCGUUUGCAAGCCUGAUUCCCGACCAGCAGAUUGCCAUUGUGCCCGCAUUCGACCUCGAGUCCGGCGUGACGCUCCGCAAUGUCCCCGUCGCCUACACGACCCGCGGCACGCUCAAUGCGGCCGGCGACAACGCCAUGGUCAUCUGCCACGCGCUGACGGGCAGCGCCGAUGUCAGCGACUGGUGGGGCCCGCUGCUGGGCGGCCCCGGCCGGGCGUUUGACGUGUCGCGCUUUUUUGUGAUUUGCGUAAACAGCCUGGGUAGUCCCUACGGCAGCGCCAGUCCCGUGACGGCCAAGGACGGCGAUGCUGGCCGCGGGCGGUACGGCCCCGAGUUCCCGCUGACGACGAUCCGCGACGACGUGCGGCUGCACAAGAUGGUGCUGGACGAUUUGGGCGUAAAGCAAGUGGCGGCCGUGAUUGGCGGGUCGCUAGGUGGCAUGUUCGUGCUGGAGUGGGCCUACCUGGGCGCCGACUACGUGCGGUGCGUGGUGCCGAUUGCGACGAGCAGCCGGCACAGCGCGUGGGGCAUCAGCUGGGGCGAGGCGCAGCGGCAGAGCAUCUACGCGGAUCCCAAGUACGAGGACGGCUACUACCCCUUUGACGACCCACCGGUCACAGGGCUGGGGGCGGCGCGCAUGUCGGCGCUGCUGACCUACCGCAGCCGCAACUCCUUUGAGGCGCGGUUCGGCCGCAACAUUCCAGAUCCGAAGCGGCAGCAGCUGAUCUUGGAGCGCGAGCGGGCGCACGCGGCGACGUCGUCUGCCUCCUUGUCGUCGGCAUUGGCACCGCACACGCUGCCGCCUGCGUCGCCGUCUGAGGGCCAUUUCCGCAUCCACAACGACGGCCACCGGAUCAAGGAGGCCAACCGGUUCCGGGCUACGUCGGCCGCAUCGUCGGCAUCUGGCAGUGGCGGCGGCGGUGGCGGCGGCAAGACGGAGGGCAACGAGUCGAGCGGUGCGGCCACGCCAGACCCGCAGUUCCACGGCCCAAGUGCCGUCGACGACGCUGGCGCGGGCGCUGGCGCCAAAGAGAGCCUGACGGGCGGAUCGGCACCGCCGACGUCGACCUACUUCUCGGCGCAGUCGUACCUGCGCUACCAGGCGACCAAAUUUGUCAAGCGCUUUGACAGCAACUGCUACAUUGCCAUGACGCGCAAGCUGGACACGCACGACGUGUCGCGCAGCCGGGCCGACAGCGUGGCCGAGGCCCUUGCGCUGAUCAAGCAGCCGACACUGGUGCUGGGCAUUGAGAGCGACGGCCUGUUUACGUUUGCCGAGCAGCAGGAGCUGGCAGAGCACAUCCCGGACUGCCGGCUGGAGCGCAUUGACAGCCCAGAGGGCCACGACGCGUUCCUGCUGCAGUUUGAGCAGGUCAACCGCUACAUCCUUGCGUUCCUGCGCGAGGUGCUGCCCGACAUUAUGAAUCGCCCAGGCCUGGCGCGCACGGACGAGGGUGCCGUUGACGGCGCCGACGUGGCGAACGGCGCCCAGAGCACGAGCGGCGGCAACGAGGCCAGCUCGGUGGGCAAGCUGACCAAGUCGAGCACCUUUGGCGAAGCCGAGGUGGACGACAUUACGGCAUGGUAG